AUGAACGACUCGGAAAUCAAAAUCAUCGUCAUCGUCCUUGCGACUGUGGUCCCCUUGACCGCCAUCACCGCUGUCGGAUGUUUCCUCUACCGCCGAAGUCAACGCCAACGUCGCUUCCUGUUCUUGAAGAGAGGCAUCACCCCCAUCGACGAUGAGGAGAUUGAGUCUUGGAGGACCGACAAGUCUCUCGAGAAGACACCGAUCAUCGAGGCCACCUCCAACUAUGGACAUGACUUGGAGCAACAGCUACAGCAGCACCAGCGUCAGAAGAGCACAUCUGUGAGCUCGGUCCGGAAACCGCCCAGUGUUAUCAUCUACAACAGCCCGAACCCUCACGAGGAGCUUUCUUCACCUCGCUCCCUUCAUCACAAGCGCAGUAUCGAUGUCCCCUCAACUCCGCUCCUCGCCCGUGCCCCCAACUCACGCCCAGGUCUCACCGAUGAGACCAUCCAAGGCGACGAUGCCUUCAUCUCGCCUCUGAAGCGCCAGCCCUCGCGUCUGGCCAAGCUUCCCCCUUCGGCCUCUCGCCAUGGUCGCACACGCAGCAGCCGCAGCAGCACCGUGAGUGCCAUCUCACCUCGCGAUCCUUGGCACGGCCACUACCCCGAUUCCGUCUUCGGCCCUCGCAGCUCCAGCGAGUACAUUCCGCGAGCAAACCGGUCUCUUGACAUCCGACGGCAACACCACCGGAUGCACUCCAUGAUCAGCCCUUCAAGGAUGUCAUUUGAUGACGAGGUAUUCUUGGGCGGGCUCUCACCCCGGCCGCUGAUCCGCAAGUCGGAAAUUGGCAGGGCUAUCGGAUGA